UUGUUUACUUUUACAACCAGUUACGUAUUAAAUCCUGCGUACGAACAUUGUUUAUUCUGACUAACGCAAAUUUCGUGGACCCCACUUUCAUUAUUUAUAACUAACAAUAAAUUGCGAUCCCUUCCACCGCCUUGUUUAUCAACAUUUGUCCAGUAUUUAUUUAUCAAACGGUGGCUGGGAUCGAAUUAUCAAUCGUGGAUUUUUCUAGUAGAGCGCGAGUGCGGAAAAUAAGUGCUUGACGAUAUUGGACCCCCACGCAAUUGUUCGCGACCAGUGUCAGAGCUAAUUUAAAAUACUAUUCGAGAACACGGGAUUAUUUUUACUCCGGUGGUGAAUUUGUUGAAAAAAUGUCGAUUUCGAAAAACCUUAGUCGGUAUAAAAAUUGUGUUGGGAAAAUUUCCGCAAGGCAACUAAACUGUGAUAGUUCCAACGCAGUGGACCCUCAGAAACUCCAAGCAAAAAACGUGAUCAUUUCCCAGUGGACUUUAGUCAAUCAAUUGAAAACAACAUUAUUGUCAAAAUUCUCAAACGGGAAAACUGUAGAAAAUGCCUUAAAUCAAGAAUUCACAAACUUUUUACAACGAAUACAACCAACAGUUAACGGAAUCGAUAUUACGAAAUUUUUGAAUUCUUUAACAUUGCCUAUUUUUAAAAACUCUGAACAGAGUGAAAUCACCAGCGUUAGUAAAGACGGUGUCAAGGAAAUGAAAAAAGUUGUUCCAAAAUGGAAGGAGAACAGCGUUACCACUAAGGAAUCGGUAGCCUCUCGAACACAUCAAAUUUUAGAUUUGUUGACAACGGCCAAAUCAGGGGAAACGAUUUUGAACAGAACUGAAGCCUUAAAUGCCCAUCUCAAUAAAUACCCUGAAGCUAAACAUUUUGCAGUUAAGAGCAACGCAAUUCCUUUAUUAUUAAAAAUAAAAAACGGAAAUGUGAAUGACACAAUUACUGGCGCAGUCAAUGAAGCCCUUGCCUUGUUGGGCUACGCCGGUCCUGUCUCUGGAAAGGGGGUGAGAAUUUUAUCCAUAGACGGAGGCGGCGUUCGAGGAAUACUUGUAAUAGAAAUGUUGAAAAAACUGGAAGAAUUAACCGGAAAACGAAUAUCCGAAAUGUUUGACCUCAUUUGUGGUGUCAGUACUGGUGCUAUAAUUGCAAGUUUAGUUGGUGUAAAACGCUACACAUUGGAUGAAAUUUCCGAAAUUUAUAAGAAUCUGAGUAUUCAGAUUUUUACUCAAUCCCCUCUAAAAGGCACAAGCAAUUUGGUGUGGAGCCACUCUUAUUACGACACAGCGCGGUGGGAAAAGCUUCUCCAAGAACAAAUUGGCAGUCAGACGCUCAUUUCAACGUCUAGAAGCUCGAAAUGCCCAAGGCUUUGUGUUUUAUCAGCGGUGGUAAAUCAGUCACGAUUGUCAGCUUAUGUCUUUCGCAACUACUCUUUGCCAUGCCGUGUGCAAUCACAAUAUAUGGGGAACCAUAAACACUUGAUAUGGGAGGCAGUGAGGGCAUCGGCCGCGGCCCCAACAUAUUUCGAGGAAUUCAAAUUAGAAAACAUGUUGCAUCAGGACGGUGGAAUUUUGUUCAACAAUCCGACAGCAGUGGCAAUCCACGAAGCGAGACUCCUCUGGCCCGAAGUGCCCAUCCAGUGCGUGUUAUCGUUUGGUACCGGCCGUACCAUCCCCUUGCCCAUCGACCCCAACACCCAGCAAUCGGUCAGAAACUCGUCGUGGAAGAGCAAAUUCUAUGCCAUUAUUGAGAGCGCCACGGACACGGAAGGGGUGCACACCAUGCUGUCGGAUCUGCUGCCAGCGAGCAUCUACUACAGGUUCAACCCCUACCUCACCGAAAUGUUGGACAUUGCUGAAAUUGAUCCGAAGAAAGUGGAACAAUUAUUGAGAGAUGUUGUGAUGUAUUUGAGACGAAACGAAGAUAAGUUUCACGAAGCUGCGAGGGUUUUGCUGCAGGAAAAGACGUUGAGGCAGAAAGCCAUCGAUUGGUUGAGUUUGCAGCAAGAAAUUCGGGGGUUCAAACGACUACCUCAGACGUUACUCGCGGCGUAGCGAAAGAGGGGUGGAAGAUUCGCAGUAUUAUCAACCUUAUCAAGUCGGAGAAAAGAAAAUUUUUAUUUUUAGAUUAGAAUAACAGAUUUUAUAUCAGAAAUUUGUUUUUAUAGAAGAUUAUAAAAGUGUGGGACCUACAAUUCGUAUGCCAUUUGCAGAAAGUUUCUUAAAACUUCUAGCAUAGUGAUAGAAAUGGUUGUGAUAAUUGUUAAUAUGUAAAUAAGAAAACUGAUUUUAUUUCAUAGAAUACAUAUUUUGAAAUAAAGUUUUUAUAUCUUA